UCCUAAAUCUCCCAAUAUGCACAUGCUACCCAUAAUUCAUACCAUAGUUCAAUCACAAAAAAGGUUUCAAAAUUUAGUAACAAUGAAGGCUCCAAGAUCAGAUCGAAAAGGAUUCAUACUCUCUUCUUUGUUAUUCAUCUUGUUCCUUUGUGCUUUCGCUUCCAUCAACGAAUUUCGAUUCGACAAGCUAUUGAAGUUAGGAAGAUGCGCAUUCUCUAAUGCAUCUUCAACAAAAUUUCUUGCUACGAAUUCUUCAUCUAGUAACGACGAUAUUCGCAUACUCAUUGGUAUAUUGACAUUGCCUGAUCAAUACCAUCGUCGAGAUUUUCUACGUAUGAUAUACGGAACACAAUCUGUAAUCGGUGCACAAGUUGACGUAAAGUUUGUAUUUUGCAAUUUGACGAAAGAAGAUCAACAGGUACUCGUUGCACUUGAAAUAAUGCGGUACGACGAUAUAAUCAUACUCAAUUGCAAAGAGAAUAUGAACAAGGGUAAGACGUAUACGUACUUUUCGAGCUUGCCCGAAAUGCUAAACGAUACUGAUAAGGCUUACCCUCCUUAUCAUUAUGUAAUGAAAGCUGAUGAUGAUACUUAUAUUAGGUUAGCAAGCUUGGUAGAGUCACUAAAGCCAUUGCCAAGAGAAGAUCUAUACUAUGGUUAUGUUAUUCCGUGCCCUAGCAUGGAUCCUUUCGUGCAUUAUAUGUCCGGAAUGGGGUAUAUGGUUUCGUGGGAUAUCGUAGAGUGGAUUAGGGUUUCGGAAAUUCCAAAAAAUCAUAUGGAAGGUCCAGAGGAUAAAAUAUUUGGUGAUUGGAUUCGAGAAGGGCAUAAAGCAAAAAACAGAUAUAAUGGUAAGUGGUCUAUGUAUAAUUUUCCUGAGCCACCUACGAGAUGCACUCAUGAGCUUUGGCCAGACACAAUCGCAGUUCAUCUUUUGAAGAAUCAAGAGAAGUGGAUUCAGACACUAAAGUAUUUUAAUGUUACUGAUAAUCUUAAACCUUCUAAAUUGUAUCAUAUACCAUAGGUACGGUAUUAUGUUUCUUCUUUUUAGAUGAUUAAACAUUUUUUUGACUUGUACAAUUUUAUGCAAUAAAUUUUGAUUAAUUGUCACCAAUGAUGUUUUUGUCUU